AUUGGUUCAAUCCAGUCUUGCCUGGUUUCAACCACGGGUGUAAUUUUCCCAUCCCGCAGUUUUCAUCCCGAGCAUUCUGAGACUGACCUGGACGCUUGUGAACAGUAUGCUGGCUGUGCUCUUCAUCAUGGGGACAUUGUGUCCCCUAAACUUUGCAGCGCUGGACAUCAGCUUGAUGAAUCCUCAGUCGGAUGGGGUGCUGACUGGCAUAUUUUCAGAUGCUUUUCUACUCCGUCUUCCUGACUGUACUUCUUACGGGAAUAAGAUGGCUAAUCUGCUGUACCAGGAAUUCAGUGGCAAUCAAAACAAUACCAAAUCUUUUGUGGUUCCAACGUGCAAUGACAUCCAGUCUAAGCAAGGUUAUCUUCUGAACAACCUCAAAACUGGAACCAAAUACAGCAUGUGGUACAAUAUAAAAAACGACACAAGCUUACCACUGACUGAUACAACUACAACUGUGAGUGAUUUUCGUCAAAUUAAAGAUGGUCUGCAGGCUCGCAGUGGAGCCAUGGUGGUCAUCACGGUCAUCCUGUCUGUGGCUAUGGCGGUGCUCCUGGCUGGUCUUAUAUUUCUUCUAGCUUUUUCUUUUCGUUAAAUCUUUAUUCUAAACCCUUAUAAAUGUAACAAGGUGGGCCUACAACAAAACAGGACAUUUCAAAAUAUAGCCUAUACAUUUUUGUCUAAAAAUCAUUUCAAAUCAUUUUAGUGCAGUGCAUUUGUGAUGGUGUAGUGCAUGAUAAAUAAACCUGAACCUUGAACAUGA